AUGAGUCGAAAAUGGUUCGUCUAUGAAUUUGAUCGGAUGAUGCAACAGCGGCUGCGCUAUAACGGCCAGAAUUUCUCCCAAGCAACCAUCUGGAAGGUCAUGGCAGAUAUGACCCUGGAGCGACAGUCAGGGAGAGGUGAGAGGCAAUGUGAGUUACAACAGUAAAAUAAAAUAAAAAUAGGUUGCACCGAAAAAACAGUAAAAUAGAGUAAAUUACCAACUGAUGGAAGACAAUAAAAUACAAUGUUGAGAUAAUAAAAAUUGAAAAAUACAAGUUACAAAACAAACAAAUAAAAGAGUCUAAUAUUUAAAAAAAAGUAAAAAGUCUAAACUUUGAGGUACAGCAAAUUUAAUUUUACUGUUUAUUCUCCUUACAUUAGGUUUGCUGCCCAUUUUUCAAGUAAAUAUAUUCUUUGAUUGGUCACCCAGCGCUGAUCCACUUUUAAUGUUAGUUAUAACAGUUGUUGAAAGAGGAUUUGGUCACCAUUCUGGUGAGAAAGCUGUCAGUUCGGGUCAGGCAGCCAAGACCUACCAAACCUUGUCCGAUCAAGAGUGCCAUGACUAUGAUCUGGUGAAAGAAAGGUUUUUAGCCAUCACCCUGGAAGGAUUGUGGGAUCUGAGAAAGAUGUAA